GCAUUCCGUGUUUCAGUGGGAAUGUGUUCGGAUGGGCAUCACUUGGUUUUUCCAUUCUUGUAAAUAAAGUAUAUUUAAUUGGCGGUGUUCGUGUUUUUUUAUUAUUAUUAUUCUGCAGGAUUAAUCGUAUAUCUGCUAAAAGUUGAGCGCCGGUGUGUCAGAACAACAGAGUUAACCAUGAAUGUAAACCAAGGCACAGUUGGAAGUGACCCAGUGAUCCUGGCCACUGCAGGGUAUGACCACACUGUGAGGUUCUGGCAGGCACACAGUGGGAUCUGCACCAGAACAGUACAACACCAGGACUCUCAGGUGAAUUCACUAGAAGUAACACCUGAUAGGAGCAUGAUUGCAGCAGCUGGUUAUCAGCACAUACGCAUGUAUGACCUCAACUCAAACAAUCCAAAUCCUGUAAUAAAUUACGAUGGCGUUAGCAAAAACAUCACAUCCGUUGGCUUCCAUGAGGAUGGCAGAUGGAUGUAUACUGGAGGAGAAGACUGCAUGGCACGCAUCUGGGAUCUAAGGUCAAGAAAUUUACAGUGUCAAAGGAUCUUUCAGGUCAAUGCACCCAUUAACUGUGUGUGCCUUCAUCCCAACCAAGCUGAAUUGUUUGUUGGAGAUCAAAGUGGUGUGAUCCAUGUCUGGGAUCUUAAAACAGACCAUAAUGAGCAGCUCAUCCCAGAGCCAGAGGUGUCCGUCAACUCUGUGCACAUUGACCCCGAUGCAAGCUACAUGGCUGCUGUUAAUAGCUCUGGCAACUGUUACGUGUGGAAUUUGGCUGGAGGAAUUGGUGAUGAAGUGACACAGCUUAUUCCCAAAACCAAAAUUCCUGCUCACAAGCGUUACUCUUUGCGCUGUAAAUUUAGCCCUGACUCCACAUUGCUGGCUACCUGCUCUGCAGACCAGACCUGUAAAAUCUGGAGGACUUCAAACUUCUCACUGAUGACAGAGCUGAGUAUUAAGAGUAACAACCCUGGGGAGACGUCUCGUGGCUGGAUGUGGGACUGUGCAUUCUCUGGAGACUCGCAGUACAUUGUCACAGCCUCUUCAGAUAAUUUGGCACGUCUUUGGUGUGUAGAGACGGGGGAAAUCAAGCGUGAGUACAGUGGGCAUCAAAAGGCUGUGGUGUGUCUGGCUUUCAAUGACAGUGUGCUUGGUUAAAUCAGAACCAGUCUAAAUCCAUUCAGCAGGACUGUGUACACCCUGGUGUACUCCUACAGGACCCAUAAUGUUAAACUAUAAGUGACAGAAGUGAUAAAUGUUAUUUUGAUUGUUAUUGAAGUAUUAUUGCUUGUCUAUAACUACAGUUUAUGGAAAAACAAGAACAUUAAUCAGUCCGUAGCAACAUCAAAGAACAUGCAAGACUACAGUAUGGGAUUGCGUGAUUUUCAUUCAGCAGGCAUCCUGCUAAAUAAACCAAUUACUUAAAAUACUUAAUUGUGCAACCUUAGUACCACAUCUAAAGAAAACCUGGUUUAUAAUUUGAAUAAUAAUAAUAAUAAUUACACUGUUAAUAUCGGAUUUGGUUAUGAUUGGUCUCAUGUCCAAAAGGUGUAUGCUAUUAAAUAUAAAUGUUAUUUAAAUAUGGUUUAUGAUUUAAUACACAGGCUGUAGAUAAAUUCUAAAACGCACAGAAAAAAAAAGUGUUGCAACCCAAGAAUUGAGUGCACAAAGAACAUACAACUCAGUAUGCAUUUGUGAAAUGUAUACCCUUGAUUCUGAAAUAAUAUUCUCUUCAGAUAUGUGUCCUAUAAGUUAUUAAACAGCAUUCUGCAAGGUUUGAACCCGAUUUGAUGUUCGAAAGGAAUCCAGUCAUUAUUUGUAGUAAAUACUGGUUCACCACACAUCACAUUGGGUUUGGGGUUUGCUUUUUCUUACACAUCUUUCUUGCUUCUAUAUCUGUAUAUAACUACAUGCUUGUAAAUGCAAUCUAUAACAGUAAAAUACUGAUUUAACUGA